UGGCCAUGGCUCAUCCGGACGUAAAACACAAAUUGGAGCACAUAGUGUCUUCUCUAUGGUGCUUAUGCCAUCAAUGGUUUCUCCUUAGUUGGACCAGAAAACAAAGAUGGCUAUGAAGGUACAGAGUAAUAGCUUCCAUAUUCAGCAUGAUAGUUUCUCUGAAGCAGAACACUUAAAUGGGAAACUGCUAGAAGGAAACACGGUUGCAGGAGUUACUGGGGAUAAAAAUGUUGUUCAUCCAUAUCGUGAUUAUAGCUUUACUCGUGCACUAACUGAUGGAAAAGAGGAUUUAGGUUCUCUUAGAUUGAGCAGUCACCAAGUGAGUCUGUUGCUUUCUUCCAUCUGGGUCCAAGCAACCUCUGUAGAAAAUAGCCCUGCAAAUUUUGAGGCAAUGGCACACAUUUUUAGCAUCUCUUUAUUGUUUACUCGUUCUAAGUGGCACAUGGUUGGGCUCCACCAGAGAUGGAAGGGUGGCUUUCCUCACCAAUUUCAGGGAAGUUGAAAGCCUUCCGGAACCCAAGACCAG